GCUUUGCUUCUUCUAUCUACUUUAUUCCCUGCGCCCCUCUCCCCUCUCCCCUCUUCUCCAUUCUUUUCUUUCCUUACCCUCCAUCGAUACGGUGUGAUCCCCCGGGUGCCCGUGCGUGGUGAUUGCCAACCUCUCCUUCCAGGCAUCAUCCGGAUUUUUAAAGUUCGUGCCAGCCCCAUCCCGUCGGGCCUUGGUUCGACCUCGUUUUCAUUUUCUUUCCCGCCUAUCAUCUCGGCGAUGCUGGCCUUGUCCUGCAUCUAUACGCCGGGAAGCUACCACCAGAGCAGCUGAUCUUGAAUCAGGGCUUGUUUUCGAUUCGGCUUCAACUCUACCAGUCGUUCGACUGGUCCUGAGCCCGGAGCGCAUGGUUUUCCAUAGCUCUCGCUCAUCCACCUCUUCUUUUCCGUCCGUUAGCUAUGGCGGUCGAAUGUCACGGGCCCAUCUGGGCUGUCGAUGAUAUUUCCCGUUGCUUCCAACGCAACUAUCUUCAAGUUAUAUUUCCACUCACGGCUUGCGGAAUCUCCCUGCUAUUCAUCGCCCUUCGCAUCGCAUACGGGUGUGCUGUUUCUCGAAAAAGAGCGUCUUACAAGUUAUUGGACCACAAUGCAGUUGAAGGAGACUCGCAGGCUGCAACUUUGGAUGAUGAAGGGGAGGAGACCGAUCCAAUGCUGAACAAAGCGGCGCAAUCCGAAUUGCCAACCUUCGAAGUUGAUCGUCCUCGUGGUGAAAUAGCUACUUUGGCGCUGGAAAUUCUCGCGCUUGCGGGAGAGGUAGCCAUCUUCGUGAUUAUCCUUUCUACCGACACUUGGGGUCGACAUGGUACCCUCCCCGCCAUCGCCAAGCUGGUAUCAUGGGGCUAUAUCCUGUUCCUGGCGUUGGUCCGCUUGCUUCUUUCGACUCUGGACCUCCAUUCGUCCCCCAGACUCUGGAACCAUACCGCAUUCCUAUACGGCCUGCAAUGGGUAUUCACGGUCUUCAUUUUCCGAUCCGCAGUUAUCCACCCGUUGUCGAAACGUGCCAUGAUCUUCAGCUCUAUCGAGUUUGCCUUGUCCAGUCUACUGUUGCUCAUCGCAGUGACUACCCGCCGAGGAAACAAGAUGGUCUUGGUUUCCCAUGAUGAGGGUCUGGAGCCCGCAAGACACCCCGUUGCUAGCUUGCUUUCGCUGGCUACCUUCGCUUGGCUGGACCCCCUCAUCCUCAAAGGCUAUCGACAACCGUUGGAGCUUGACGAUGUCUGGGAUUUGACAGCCUCUCAGAAAGCUGCCACGGUGCUAGAGGAUUUCCGCCGCAGGCAUUAUCAAGGCUCACUGGUAUGGAAACUCGGUCGGUAUUUCUAUGGUACUCUUCUUCUACAGGGUGCCUGGACCAUCUUUUCGAACCUUUUUACCUACUUGCCCACGAUCCUACUCCGGGCAAUCCUGCAAUAUGUUGAGGAUCCAAGGUCUUCCACAUCGAACGCCGCAUGGCUUUAUGCCAUCUUGCUGUUUUGCUCGGGAGCUAUUCAAGGUGUCGCCGACGGGCAAGCUCUUUGGAUUGGACGCAAGCUGGGAGUGAAACUUCGGGCUAUCAUCAUCGGUGAGAUCUACGCGAAGGCCCUCAGGCGAAAGGCUGGAGCCUCCGUAGAAGCCACCAAGAAGCAGCCGGAAGAGCCGGCCAAGGAUCAGAAGAAGGGUGGUCUUUUCUCCUUUGGCCGUAAGAAAAAGAAGACAACAACUGACCCUGAGACAAACCCUCAAAAUGCGAAGGACGCACAAGAAGAUGACAAGGAACACAUGGCUAACAUCGGUACCAUCAUCAACCUGAUGGCUAUUGACUCGUUCAAGGUUAGCGAAGUCGGUGCCUAUCUGCACUUUCUGUGGGCCAGUGUCCCGGUGCAGAUUAUCAUCGCUGUAACACUUCUCUACCGACUGCUGGGGUUCAGCUCAUUUGCUGGAAUUGUCAUCAUGGUUUUUAUGCUGCCUAUCAAUCUUACCAUUGCGAAACAGUUUACGAAGGUGCAAAAUCAGAUCCUGAAGGGCACGGAUGCUCGCAUCCACAGCACGAAUGAGAUCCUCCAGAAUAUCAGGAUUAUUAAAUAUUUCGCCUGGGAGCAGCGGUUCCAGGAUAUUGUUAACGAGAAACGAAAGGCGGAGCUGAAAGCGUUGCGCUUCCGUUACAUCAUUUGGUCUACGGCGGCAACCGUCUGGUAUGGCACGCCCAUCCUCAUCACAUUCGCUUCUUUCUUCCUAUACACGGUCGUGGAAGGGAAGAAACUGACGCCCUCGAUCGCGUUCCCGGCUUUGUCGAUGUUCUCUUUGCUUCGCGUUCCCCUAGACCAGUUGGCCGAUAUGGUGGCGCACGUCCAAGAGUCAAAGGUCUCUCUUGACCGUGUGGAUACCUAUCUCAACGAGGAGGAGACUCAAAAGUACCGUCAGCUCGAGAAGGAUGAUUCUACCGGACAGCCGCCUAAGAUCGCGUUGGAAAACGCCACACUCACCUGGGGAUCCUCCCAAGGGAAAUACAAGGAUGAUCCUUCCGAAGAUAGCACCGAUGGUUUCCGUCUCAUCAACAUGAAUGUGGACUUCCAUGUUGGAAAGCUCAACCUCAUCACUGGUCCGACAGGCUCUGGAAAGACGUCGCUUCUCAUGGCACUUCUGGGAGAAAUGAAGCUUGUCCAAGGAAGAGUUUAUUUGCCCGGUGGGACCGUUAACCGCUCUGAACUCCCGGUUGAUCCUCAGACAGGGCUUAUCGAAAGCGUUGCGUACUGCGCGCAGGAAGCAUGGCUCGUGAACGCCACUGUCAAGGAAAACAUUGUGUUUGCAUCUCCCUACGAUGAACGUCGGUAUAAUGCUGUGAUCAAAGCGUGCGCCUUGGAGCGGGAUUUGGCGAUCCUCGAUGCGGGUGACCAGACCCUCGUGGGAGAAAAGGGCAUCAGUCUCUCCGGAGGCCAGAAACAAAGAAUCUCUCUCGCGCGCGCCGUGUAUAGUAGAGCUCGACACUUGCUCCUGGAUGACUGCCUGAGCGCUGUGGACUCGCAUACCGCUAAGCACAUCUUCCGCCAGGCAUUGACCGGGCCCUUGAUGAUGAACCGAUCUUGUGUACUUGUGACCCACAACGUUGCCUUGACCGUCCUUGAAGCAGCACAUGUUAUUGUUCUUGACAAUGGUAAAAUCACUGCUCAGGGUCCCCCGGACGAGGUCGCAGCGUCAGGUGCAUUGGGCGAUGAACUCCUUAAAUCCCGACCGACUUCCAGGACCACCACUCCACGACCCUCCCGCAGACCCUCGGACCAUGGGGAACAGGAGGAAGAAUCUCAUACGAACGGUCAUGCUACCAGUGCCCCGAAUGGAAAAGCCCAGGAGGGAAAGAGUCCCGAACCCAAGUUGCAGGAGUCCAAGGCUGUUGGCAGUAUCAAAUUGUCUACGGUUAAGAUGUACUUACAAUCAAUGGGAUCCUGGCGUUACUGGAUUGUGGCUGUGCUAGUCUUUUGCAUGCAGCAGCUCGGGUCUGUGUCGACUAAUAUCUGGAUCAGACAGUGGGCGAAUGCUUACCAGACCGAGGAUAUUGGCGCGGAUGAUGCUGGUGACUACGCAGCAAUGGCGAGCUUGAAGAUCCCAUCGUUCAAUGUCGGUGGUGUCCCUCGGACUUCCACUUUCACUGCACCUCAGUUUGGCACGCGGUCCGCUACCGCCAAUGGUAACGUGGAUGUGCCGUACUAUCUUGGAGUCUACGCUCUGCUAGGAGUUGCUUUCGUUGCCAUUUCGCUGGUCAGAGAAGCUGUUCUUUUCUGGGGCUCCCUACAGGCAUCACACUCAAUUCACCAGCGCCUUUUGAAAGCAGUGAUGCAUGCGAAAUUCAAGUUCUUUGAUUCGACCCCGCUCGGCCAAUUGAUGAACCGGUUCUCCAAGGAUGUGGAAUCCGUUGACCAAGAAGUUGCGCCCGUGGCGAUCGGCAUGCUCCAUAGUCUGGCAUCUGUCGUCAUGAUUGUGAUUUUGAUUUCCAUCAUCACUCCCGGUUUCCUGAUUGCCGGUAUCUUCAUCACGUUGGUGUAUGUCGCCCUCGGCGCUAUCUACCUGAACUCGUCUCGUGAUCUCAAGAGGCUCGAGUCUGUGCAGCGGAGUCCACUGUAUCAGCAAUUUGGCGAGACGCUCAACGGUAUUGUUACCAUUCGUGCCUAUGGUGAUGGACCGAGAUUUAUCGUGGACAAUCACCGUCGGAUCAAUGCCUACAACCGGCCCCAUAUCUACCUUUGGGCGAGCAAUCGUUGGCUUGCGCUUCGAGUCGAUGUCACAGGCGCUCUUGUCUCGUUCUUUACGGCUGUUUUCGUCCUGCUGAACAUUGGAAAGAUCGAUGCCGGAGCUGCUGGACUUUCCCUGACCUACGCAGUCACGUUCACAGAGAAUGUUCUCUGGCUCGUGCGGUUGUAUUCGGAGGUUCAACAGAACAUGAACUCCGUUGAACGUGUGAGAGAGUACCUCGAAGUUGAGCAAGAAGCAGACGCCGUCAUUCCUGACUCCAGACCCCCAGCCAAGUGGCCCAGUGGUGGUGCAGUUGACUUCGUCGGAUAUACCACUCGGUACCGACCUGAUCUUGACCCUGUUCUUCGGAAUGUCUCAUUCAACGUGCAACCCGGAGAGAAGGUUGGUAUCGUCGGCCGUACCGGUGCUGGCAAGAGUUCUCUUGCUCUCGCACUUUUCCGUGGUCUUGAGGCUGAAAAGGGCCGCAUCGUCAUCGACGGCGUGGAUAUUAGCGCCAUUGGCCUUCGUGACUUGCGGGAGUCGAUCACCAUCGUCCCCCAGGACCCUACUCUAUUUACGGGAACCCUCCGCAGCAACCUCGACCCCUUCAACAUCUUCACGGACGAGCAGAUCUUCAAUGCUCUGCGACGCGUACACCUAAUCGGCCCCGGUACCUCUGGCACAGCGACUCCCAUGACGACCAGCACAAUUGCGGAGCCUUCCGCCACACCAAACGGCGUCACCAGCAGCGGCAUCCUCGAUAACAAGAACAUCUUCCUGAACCUGGACACCGCGGUCUCCGAAUCCGGCUCCAACCUGUCCCAAGGCCAGCGACAGCUCCUAUGUCUUGCUCGUGCCCUUCUCAAGAACCCCAAGGUCUUAAUGAUGGACGAAGCCACCGCCUCCAUUGACUACAACACCGAUUCCAAGAUCCAGGAAACCCUCCGAGAACUCCGCGAGAGCACCAUCAUCACCAUCGCACAUCGCCUCCAGACAAUCAUCGACUACGACAAGGUCCUGGUCCUCGACCACGGUCGCGUCAUCGAAUUCGAUCACCCCUGGACGUUGAUUAACAAGGGUGAUGGCCUCUUCCGAAGCAUGUGUGAGAACAGUGGUAAUAUGGACGGUCUUCUGGAAGGUGCCAAGAAAGCCUGGGAUCAUAAAAAAGAUAGUGGUAAUGACUCAUAGACCGUCCCUUUCUUCUUCCUUUCCGUCUUUACGCCCCCCCGUCCUCCCCAUGUCUCUGUGAAUUUGUCUCAUUUUCUUUCUGGAGGGGAGGGGGGGGGGGGGGC